AUGAGACGGUCACCCAAUAUCAUCGUCACGGGGACGCCCGGGGUGGGGAAAACGACACACUGCGAAAGCUUGGUAGAGAGGACUGGUCUACGACACAUAUCGGUGAACCAGGUCGUCAAGGAUAAGACGUGUCAUGAGGGUUGGAGUGAAGAGUACCAGAGUUGGAUCGUUGACGAGGACAAGCUGCUAGACGCAAUCGAAGAAGAUGUCGCCGCGGGCGGUUGCAUCAUCGAUUGGCACGCGUGCGAUCUCUUCCCCCGCAGCUGGAUCGACCUUGUAGUCGUCCUCCGUGUCGACUCCACAACGCUGUACGAUCGUCUCAAAGCAAGGAACUACGCCGAGGCCAAGCUUCAGGAAAAUCUUGAUUCGGAAAUCAUGGAGGUGUUGCUGCAGGAGGCGCGCGAGUCCUAUGACGAGGAAAUCGUCAUUGAGCUGACGAGCAAUAGCCUUGAGGAGAUGGACAGCAACCUGGAUCGCGUCGAAGCGUGGGUGAAGCAAUGGAAAGCCGACAAUGCAUCGUCCUCUGCUUGA